GUGGCUGUCUCGCAGGAGCAACUUUUGCAGCAGUAGAAAAAAUUCACACACUACCGUAUAUAUACACUUUGUUGUCUAUGUAUUGUAUUGUAGAAUGCAUUUUAUGUAAAGUCGUAAAUAAAUCCAAGUUAGACACGUAAAUAUAGGCAACCAAACGGGUUUUAAGGAUUGAGCUCCACCUCAACUCAAAACUGCCCCCUUGUGCCUGUGCCUUGUCCUGUUGGAGUUAUUUCGUCUUCUCACAAUCCAAUUAUUGAUUACUGCAACAUGGGUUGAUACGAUUUCUCAACCCUUCUUUUCUGCAAAUUCCUCUUCUCGCCUUUUGCUUUCUGGGAAUUCAACAUACUGUGAUUCAGGAAGAAAUCAUGACCUCUGGAGGUAGCACCUACGAGAGCAAAAUUGAGUCCCGUAAUGCAGAUUAUGGUAUUGCUACUGAGAGUGUCGAAUUCAGAGCCUCUCCUCAUAGGAAGGUUUCGACUCUUAAUGUUUCAAAGCGUGGCAUUGCAUCAAAUACUGCCGUGCAUGAACUACUUGAAUGCCCUGUUUGUAUGAAUGUGAUGUACCCGCCAAUUCACCAGUGUCCAAAUGGCCAUACAUUAUGCUCAAAGUGCCAGUCCAAAGUACGCUGUUGCCCUAUCUGUCGCCACGAGCUAGGCAACAUAAGGUGUUUGGCUUUGGAGCGAGUUGCAGAAUCACUUGAACUGCCAUGCAGAUACCAGAUUCUAGCCUGCCAAGAUAUUUUCCCGUAUCAUGGCCGGCUGAGGCAUGAACAAAAUUGCCGGUUUCGUCCCUAUAAUUGCCCUUACGCCGGGGCUGAAUGCCCUGUCACUGGUGAUAUCCCGUUCCUUGUGGCACAUCUCAAGAGUGAUCACAAAGUUGAUAUGCACGAUGGCUGUACUUUUAACCACAGAUAUGUGAAAUCAAAUCCACAAGAUGUUGAAAAUGCCACGUGGAUGCUGACUGUUUUCAAUUGCUAUGGUUACCAGUUCUGCUUGCACUUUGAGGCUUUCAACCUAGGAACCGCGCCAGUUUACAUGGCAUUCAUUCGUUUCAUGGGUGACGACCAUGAUGCCAGAAAGUUCAGCUACAGCUUAGAAGUUGGUGGAAAUGGCAGAAAGAUGACAUGGCAAGGCAUCCCUAGGAGCAUUCGCGAUGGUCAUAUAAAAGUUCGCGAUAGCAUGGAUGGGUUAAUCAUUCAGAGAAGCAUGGCCCUGUUUUUCUCCGGAGGUAACAGGCAGGAGCUGAAGUUGAAAGUGGCCGGACGGAUAUGGAAAGAACAAGCAUAGGAAAAUUACUCAAAUUUGUUGUCUAGUGGCAUUUUUGCCCCUUUUCGGGCAGGGAAUUCACAGAUGUUAGUGAAAAAAACUUCUCAUGGUUGGUUUAAGGAUCUUCUGAUUUAUCUGUAAAUGAACUACAUAAUGAUGUGGGCUAAUCCUUAACCCCUUUUAGCUCAGUAGACUAAUUAACAUGAGAAUGUUGUCUGUAGAAUUACUUUGAGCUAAUUGAAUUCUUGUGUUGAAGGGAUAGUCGAAUCUUGUUCUUGAAUGUGCA